AUGUAAUAAUAAGACGAUAUUGAAAUAUAAAAAGAAGUGACCAAACCAAAAAAUAAGGUUAAGAAAAGCAAAGAACGAUUAAUUAUAAAUGUUUCCAGUUCUUAAUACCCUGUGAUUCGGUAUGUUGGUAAAAAGAUGUUAGAUUGGAAAAUUUAGAAAGACGAGAAUGCUACAAAUUGGGAUGUUUGGUGGACUGAUGGAGCCGUAUUCUCAGAUCUUUUGGGGAGAAUGAACGCCCAUCAAAAAGUUAACCAUUUCCCUGGAAUGUAUAGUUUAGCUCGUAAAAAUCAUCUGGGAAGGAACUUAAUGAAGAUGCAUAAAUAGUUUCCUUAAGCAUAUAAUUACUUCCCUUACACUUGGUUAUUGCCAGCAGAAUUAAGUGAUUUCAGAGCAAAUAUUGGCAAGAAUAAAACUUUUAUCAUCAAGCCUGAGGCUUCAUGCCAAGGCAAGGGGAUUAUGCUGGUUAAGGAUUCAGAAGGCCUUUCAAUUCAUGAACAUUAUGUUGCUUAAAGAUUACUUGAGCAAUCCUUUAUUUGA